CUAAUACGCAAAGGCUUCGUAGGAGCCAAAAAAGACUCCAUUUUUAUGGAAAAAUGGUACCAAAGACGAGAACCCUAAUUCAAUUCAGAAUUUAGAAUUAAAAAAAGCAACGAAAAGAUCAUUAAUUGUGACCUGGGCAUGUUCUUUCUCCGCCAGAAAGGAAGAUUCUCUGAAGCAACGACGCGACCACCUGCUCUUUUCUAUUACAAUUCUGAUUCUGGAUUUUUCUUCCGAUCCACUAAGCUCACAGGGCCUUUUCCGUCAACGGGACAAAAGGGUUUCGAUCGUUGCCCCAAUUUCCUCUGAUUCUUGGCGACGUAUUUCUCAUAAAAAGGUGAAGAACUUGAAGAAAAUAUAUAGAAAAGAAGUUGAUUCGAUAUAAACAGCCAUGGGACAAGUUUUUCGCAAGCUCUUUGAUGCAUUUUUUGGCAACAGCGAGAUGCGGGUUGUCAUGCUGGGGCUAGAUGCAGCAGGAAAAACAACCAUACUGUACAAGCUGCACAUUGGAGAAGUUUUAUCAACUGUCCCUACUAUUGGUUUCAAUGUGGAAAAAGUUCAGUAUAAAAAUGUGAUGUUCACGGUUUGGGAUGUCGGUGGCCAAGAGAAGUUGCGGCCCUUGUGGAGGCAUUAUUUUAAUGACACAAAUGGAUUGAUUUAUGUUGUCGACUCUUUGGACCGAGAGAGGAUAAGCAAAGCAAAGGCAGAGUUUCAGGCCAUUAUCAAUGACCCUUUCAUGACUAAUUGUGUCAUCUUGGUGUUUGCAAACAAACAGGACAUGAAAGGAGCAAUGACACCAAUGGAGGUGUGUGAAGGUCUGGGACUGUAUGAACUCAAGAACCGAAAAUGGCACAUACAAGGGACGUGCGCUCUUAGAGGAGACGGGCUAUACGAAGGGUUGGACUGGCUAGCUAGCACUCUAAAGGAUAUGAAGGCGGCUAGCACCUCAUCUUUCUGAUCAACCUGGCUGGCUAGAAUCGCAGUCGGAAACCUUUUUUUUAUGUAUAUCGACUAUCGAGAACAGAUGAGCCUUGGAUAGCCGUUGUGGAUGGUAACCCUGUGUAGCACCAUUGGCAUAAUGUAAAGAAGAAGAAAUUGCUGCUGUGUGGGUGUUUAAUUCAGAUAUAUAAUCUUUUAUGUAUUUUGGAAAAGUG